CUCUGGGUAGAUAAGCUUGACAUUAAUGUAAUAAUUGGUCAAUAUAUGUACAUUAAUGAUAUAAUUCCUUUAUUUUGGCAGGUAAAUUAGCUCCAUAUCACUCAGCCAUCACUUAACCAGAGCACAUGGCGAAUAUAAGCAGUGUGACUGAAUUUGUCCUCUUGGGCCUCUCCCAGAAUCAGAAGCUGCAGAAAAUGUGUUUUGUGCUGUUUUUAUGCUUCUAUAUAAGCAUUGUUCUUGGAAACCUCCUCAUUGUUCUCACUAUAGUUAGCAGUCAGCAUCUGAACUCACCCAUGUAUUUCUUCCUGAGUUACCUAUCCUUUGUAGACAUCUGCUACUCUUCUGUCACAGCCCCUAAAAUGAUUGCAGACUUCCUCACUGAGAAAAAAAUAAUCUCCUUCAUUGGCUGCAUAGCACAGCUGUUCGGAGUCCAUUUCUUUGGUUGCACUGAGAUCUUCAUCCUCACAGUGAUGGCCUACGAUCGCUACAUUGCAAUCUGCAAACCCCUCCACUACACAACCAUCAUGACCAGGCGUGUAUGUGGCCAGAUGGUGGUGGCCUCAUGGGUAGGGGGCUUUGUGCAUUCCAUGGUACAGACUCUUAUAACCACCCAGUUACCCUUCUGUGGGCCCAAUGAGAUUGACCAUUAUUUCUGUGAUGUUCACCCUUUGCUACAACUGGCUUGUGCCGACACCUAUGUUGUCGGCAUCAUAGUUGUUGCUAAUAGUGGGAUGAUUGCUUUGGGUUGUUUCCUUCUCUUGGUUAUAUCCUACAUUGUGAUUUUAAUCUCCUUAAGGACACAUUCUUCUGAAGGGCGUCGUAAAGCUCUCUCCACCUGUGGCUCCCAUAUUGCUGUAGUGAUUUUAUUUUUUGGGCCUUGCACGUUCACCUACAUCCGACCUUCUAGCCACUUAUCAGAGGACAAGAUGGUUGCUGUGUUCUACACCGUUAUCACCCCCAUGCUGAAUCCGCUGAUCUACACACUAAGAAAUGAGGAGGUGAAAAGUGCCAUGAGAAAAUUAUGGAGCAGAAAAGUGAUGUCAGAUGGGAAAUCAAUAGGGUGACAUGCAGAAUUGUGUUAUACAAACCAGGAGGAAAAUGAUAAUAUUCAUGAGAGAUUUUAAAAAAAUAUUUAUGUCUUGCUUUCAGUUCAUCAGUGAACAUUCCUCUUGUUUUUUCAUGAAUGCAGAAUACUGCCAAACCUCUUUCAAUGACUGCAAUGGUUCUAUUUUAAAUGUUCAUAUUGGUAAGAUUAUUCAGACACUAAAUUUCUAAUUAAUAAAUAAUGGAUACCCUGGGAAUCAUUCUGUGAUGGUGAACAUUUAAAAGACUCAAACAUUAACCACAUUUUACUUAGAUUGUAAGCUCUUUGGAGCAGUGGCUGUCUUUUUGUUCUGUGUCUGUACAGCACCUUUGAAAUUGGGGCUCUGGCCCAUGGUGGGACUUGUAGCUGUUACCACUAUAUGAA